UGUGAUGGCAUUCAAACGUUUCAAGAGUUAUUUUGCAUGCUUGAACAGUACGAUUUCUCAUUUCUUCAAGUUCAUCGGUGACUCGAAAUAUAUUCGCUAAAAGCUUUCUCUAUAGAAAUAACACUCCUAUUAAAUCAUGCUUAUGUCUCUAAAUUGAGUGACCUUCAAUAUAAUUUAAAGCCGGUAUUGUCACUUCUUUACAAGCAGUAUCUCCAUUAUUUUAUAUGAAUUAAUUGGUAAAAAGGCUUCAGAUGAAACCGUACGCAAAGAAUUUACAAUUUCCAUCGGCGUGCAUUCAAUAUUGGGGAAUUUAUAUAUACCUGUAUUCAUGGAACCUGUGUAUUACGCAUGUGCACUGGAAAUUGAUACUCGAAAUACGUUGGAAGUUGUAUGCCUCUAUAAGAGUCUUCUGUGGUAGUGAUAGGAAAAUCUUGAACCUUCCUAUUCGCCUGUAUAUGCUUCAUCUGCCUAGGGAAGUUGCAGGAUUAAAUGAGUGAUACGUAUUCUAACCAUUAUUAUACUGUAACGCCCUCUUAAAAAUUUAAACAAUUUGUUGUGAUAUUUGGAAUAACUACAAGAAAAUUUAAUUUAACAUGGCGCAAUUAACAUGGCAAUUUCAACUUGAAUGGUUUAUAAAAGCUGAGGACAUGGUACCGGUACAUGUAUAUAAAUCUGUAAAUUCCGGAAUUACGGUUGCUAUAGCAGAUGUUGAUGGACCUGUCGUAUCUGGCUAUUUUGGGUUUGCUACCGAAGCACACAGUGAUGAUGGAUUGCCUCAUACCUUGGAACACCUUAUUUUUUUGGGAAGCGAAGAUUAUCCAUACAAAGGUGUUCUAGAUUUAUGGGCAAAUAGAUGUUUGGCAUCUGGUACCAAUGCAUCAACACUCACUGAUUUCACUUUUUAUACUAUGACAACGGCUGGCAGUGAAGGAUUUUUAUCCUUAAUGCCUGUAUAUCUUGAACACAUUCUUUAUCCGACACUUACGGAUUCAGCUUAUGUUACAGAAGUACAUCAUAUAAAUGGUAAAGGUGAUGAUGCAGGUGUUGUAUACUGUGAAAUGCAGGGCAAAGAAAAUAUAGGUGAACAUUUGGUAUAUAUUGAAAUGUCUCGAGCAAUGUUUCCUGGUCAUUGUGGUUAUAAAUCUAACUUUGGAGGUGCAUUAGAAAAUCUCAGAGAAAGUACUAAUAACGAGAAAGUAAAGCAAUAUCAUAAAGACUUCUAUAGACCUGAAAAUUUGACUUUAGUAAUAGUUGGCCAAAUAAAACAUGCUGAUGUGUUCAAAGCUUUACAACCUUUAGAACAAAAAAUUAUAUCAAAAGGAAAUAGAGGCUUAUUUGAGAAACCAUGGCAGACUCCAGUACCGCCUCUUGUUGACAGCAAAGACAUAGAUGUACUUUAUCCUUGCGAUGAUGAAGAUAAUGGGAUAGUAACUGUUGCUUGGCGAGGACCAUCUACCGUUUAUGACAUAUAUAAUUUUAUUGCAUGCGAUUUACUAUUAAAAUAUCUUGCUGAUACUCCAGUCAGUCUAUUACAAAAAGAAUUUCUUGAAAUUGCUGAUCCAUAUGCUAGUAAUAUUAACUACUUUUCUUAUGAAUAUUCAGUAUCUGUUCUGUGUCUUAUAUUUGAAAAUGUACCAAAGUUAAAAAUUUCACUCGUGAAAGAUUUAUUGCUAAAAACAUUAAACGAUGUGCAUAAAAAAGGCAUUGAUAUGAAACGAAUGAAAACUGUUAUUCAUAGAUGUAUUCUUACAAGAUUAAGUUGUUUGGAAACAGAACCUCACGAUGCAAUAGCAUCUAUGCUAUUUAAGCAUGUACUUUAUGGAAGUACAAAAAAAGAUUUAGAUCAAAGAUCAAAUCAAAUUAGAGAUCUCAAGAAAUUAGAAACAGAAUCAGAGUCUUAUUGGUUGAAUCUUUUAAAAAAAUAUUUGCUUGACUCUCCACUAGUAAUUGUUAAAGGAAUUCCUAGCUUAGAGAAACAACACGAAUUAACUGAGAAAGAAAAGGAACGUGUAAUUAAACAAGUUAAUGAUUUAGGUGAGGAAGGUCUUCGUUUGAAAGAAAAAAAACUGGAAGAAGCUAUUGCUGAAAAUAAUGUACCUAUACCUAAUGAAAUGUUGAGUUCGGUGCCUAUACCAAGUACUGAUCUUAUUAGUUACCAUCAUAUCAAAAGUUAUACAACAGGAUCUACUGAACAAGAUCCUAGAUUUAUUAUAACAGAGCAACCAUUUUAUACGUAUCUUGAUCACGUUAAUACAAAUUUUGUGUAUAUGUAUGUUAUUAUGAAUACAUGCUCUAUCGAAAGGAAAUAUAGACCUUACAUUCCAUUAUUACUCGAAGUUAUUAUGGAGAGUCCAAUAAAAGAAAAUGGACAACUCAUUCCACACGAGGAAGUAGUGGCUGAAUUAGAAGCAGAUACUGUAGAAACUGCGACUGGACUUGGAGUUGAUAGGUCUUCCAGAUUUUCAUGUGGAUCAUAUGGCUAUAGUGCCACUUUGAUGUUGCAUCUGGAAAUAGAAAAAUACGAGAAAGGUGUGCAAUGGAUCAAAAGAUUGUUAUAUGAAACCGAGCUGACAGUUAACAGAUUAAAAAUAAUAUCCACUAAAAUGGUAAACGAUGUAGCUCAACUCAAAAGAAAAGGACAUAAAGUUGUAGGUGAUUUGAUGAAAGGAUUAUUAUACAACAAGGACAGCAAUCAAUUUACGUCCAGUAUGCUAAGACAACAGAAAUUUCUUAAUAAUGUCUUGGAUCGUUUGAAUAAUGAAAAAGAACAAAAGGAAGUUAUAUCAGAAAUUGAAGUUGUCAGAAAAGCUUUAACAACGCCUAAAAAUAUGGUAUUGUACAUGGCAACUAAUGUGGACAAGUUGACUCAUCAAAUUCCAGAUGUGCACACUUCGUGGAAAACUCACUUUUCUGAAUUAGAUACAUCAAAUAAAACAAAGCUCGAAAUUAUAUCAGAUUCGACGUUCAUAAAUCCCCUACAAGAAAUCCCAAUUAAGGGAUGUGUUACAGGAUUAGGUUGUAUAGAAUCUUCAUUUUUAUCUCAAAGCUGUCAAUGUAUAAAUAGUUACAAACAUCCAGAUUUAGCGCCAUUAAAUGUCUGUUUACAAUACUUAACUCAGUUUGAGGGUCCCAUGUGGAAACUUAUAAGGGGUCAAGGACUUUCAUAUGGAUACAAUAUCUAUGCUAAUGCAAAUGAAGGUUUGUUGUAUUUGUCAUUUUAUAGAUCAACAAAUAUUGUGGCAGCUUAUAAAGAAGCUAAAUCGAUUGUAAAUAUACAUAUUUCUGAAAAUAAAUGGGAAAAAUUACUUUUUGAAUCAGCAAAAUCUUCUUUAAUAUUUGAAAUUAUUAAAAGAGUGCAGAGUGUAGGUGACCUGGUACAGCAUUCGUUAGUGUCUUAUUUUAAAAAUGUUCCUCAUAAUUAUACGCAACAAAUGGUGCAACGCAUAUCUGCAGUAACAAUUGAGGAUAUGGGUCGCAUAGCAUCUAAAUAUUUGACACCAUUGUUUGAUCCAAAAGAAUGUAAAACAACAAUUGUUUGCCAUCCAUCUAAAGCACAAGAAGUAGUUGAUGCAUUCAAGAGUUUGAACCAUGAUCUUAAACUAUAUAACAGUCUUGAAGAAAACUACUUAAAUGAUUGGUAACUUGAACACAUCAACUUGUUCACUAUUUUCUACCACAUAAAUAUUAUACUGUUUCUAAUCAAAUCAUUGUUAUCACAAGCAACUACAUACAUUUUUACUCAUUCAAGAAUAGCUUGCUAAUUCACUUUUGUAAGUUAAAAUAAAAAUUUAAUAUCUAUUUCAAUUUAACCAUGUCUAUUACUAACGUUUAAUACAUUAGAUACUUUUGUAAAGUAUAAAAUAUAAAAUUUAAACUACAACA